AUGGCCGACCUGUCCUUCCUCGCUCGCUUCGUGCUCACGCUGCUCGUGUCUGCGCUGUCUCUCUACAUCUACAAGCGGCUGCAGCUGUCCUCGCCCUCCUCUCCGUCUUCUUCUCCGCCCACGUCUCGUUCCACGUCAACCAAACGCUCGAAAAAGCGCAGCAAGAAACCAAAGAAAGCGACGCCCACUGCUGCAGCUUCGGACGCGUCGUCGUCCUCCUCGUCGCUGCCGUCUGAUACACGUGCAGCUCAACCCGACGCUCGGGAUUCGACUGCUGCUGCUGCACCUACUUCACUGAGUGCCGAGCGCAGCGAAGAGAGCGACAGUGACUCGGACGAAGGGCUUUCGGCGGCGCAGGUGCUGGCUACACGCAAGUUCCAGCCCAAGAGGCUUGGCAGCUCAAGUCGAGCGUCUGCGUCGCUACCGGCAGAGCCUGCUGGGUUCACAGUUGAUCAGGAGGUACUGGCUCGCUUUCGUGGUGGCGACAGGUGGUUCCCAGCUCGUGUCUUGGAGCGACGGAAAGGAAACGAGUACCACUUGAAGUAUGACGAUGGAGAGGUGGAAUACCGGGUGUCGGCCGCGUGUAUCAAGCCGCGGACGUCUGAUGCUGACACUGGAAAGCGCGAGGAACGUGAUGCUGCCGAGGACAGCGGGAAGAGUGAGGAACGCGAUGGUGCCCAGGCUCUGGUCAGUGACACCGUGGCACGUGAAGCGUCCGUGCAGCAGAAGGAGGAAACGGGGUCUGACUCUGGCUCGAGCUCGUCGGACGACGAUGGCUGGCAGGUGGUGGGAACUUCCAAGACUGUUAAACAGCGUCACGUGCGUCGCGCACAAGGGGAUGCUCUGGCUGAGCCGUUGGUCGAUGGUCUCACUAAACGUCAGCGCGAGAAUCGCCGCAAAAAGGAGCGACAACGGGAGAAGAAGGAGCUGCUUCGUCAGCAUGCCCAGAAGGACGACUUGGACGCGCGUGCGCGCUGGCGCUACGUGCCGUCGUAA